GAGAUAUUCGUCCACAACAUUUACCCGGGUUGCACCAGUCAUUCUGAUCGCACUCCCUCCAACAGGGAAUCAAAACACCGACGAUGACCAGCUCGUCUGAGUCGCAUGUUGCCUACAGGCAUCUUCAGGUGUCGGCUGAAGCGCACCGCAUCUAUCCACAGGUGCUGGGUUUGGGGAGCAACGCCUGGAUGCCUGACGGCUUGGGUGCAAAGAUCAACGCCCUGCGCCGCUUCGUCCACAGCGUCGCUCCCCAGGACAUCGUGAUUUGUAGCGAUGCCUUCGAUGUGUUGGUCUUGGGAGACCCAGAGGAGAUCAUCCAGAAAUUUCAGCAGGUGGAGAGUGAAUCCAAUCGCAGCAUAGUCUUCAACGCGGAACCUGCAUGCUAUCCGGCCUCGGACGGCAUUUGCGAAAGCACCCCGCCAGCGCGGCACCGGUGGCGAUAUCUGAACGCUGGCAUGCUUCUGGGGCGAGCAAAGGCCAUCGCCCACAUGUUGCAAGAGGACGUGGCAGACGGAUGGAAUGACCAGUACUGGUAUCAACUCUACCGGAAGAAGCACCCGGAAGAGAUUUUCCUGGAUACCGAAUGCAAGAUCACUUGCACCUUCUACGACCUGCAACAGGACCAGCUGGUGGAAGGCCGCAUCCAUGUACCCGAGACCGAGAGCGUGCCACCUUUGAUCCACUUCGUGAGUUUUGGCCAUUGGACCCGAUGGAGAGAGGGCAAGACCACCAGCCACCUGCAUGAUGUCUUCAAGAAACUCUACCCCCAGGAGUCGGCACGGCUUCUGGAAGGCUGGUGGUUUGGCAUCAACGUGGCCUCCUCCCAUGACUUGGUCUUCUAUGAUGGCCCGGGUUUCUGGUCCAGUAUGCGCGCGGUCCUUUGCCUGCAGUGCCGCCUAGGAUCUGCCUCCCACGAGUGCGAAUACUUCGGCCCCACCAACUGCUUGGGGAUGACGCUGGGUAGUGCCUUGAUACUUCUGUCCUUGCUGUUGGUUCUGGCGCGAUGCUGCGGUGUGCAGCUGCCGUGCCGCUGGGCGAAGUCACGGCGGAAGUCGCCCCACUUGAGCGUGUGAAACCGACCGUUGCGAGACGCGUGACGCGGGGGCGGUUUGGAUUUGAGUUCACAGGACACGCAAACGGCAAGGAUGGUGAGGG